GCGGAUUGUUGGGGCUUGUAAAAAAAAAAAAAAAAGGGGGAGAAGAAGAAGAGAGGAGAAAAAAGGAUAUCGCGAGUAUUGGAGUUUUGGUGAGAGUUUGUGGAAGAUGGCGCCUGUUGUGACAGGGAAGUUCAGGGAGCGCCCUCAGCCACAGCGCCUAACAAGAGAAGCGAUGAGGAAUUACCUGAAGGAGCGAGGUGACCAAACUGUCAUGAUCCUGCACGCAAAAGUUGCACAGAAAUCCUACGGCAAUGAGAAAAGGUUCUUCUGCCCCCCUCCCUGCGUCUACCUGAUGGGCAGCGGCUGGAAGAAAAAGAAGGAACAGAUGGAGCGGGACGGCUGCUCCGAGCAGGAGUCGCAGCCCUGUGCCUUCAUUGGCAUCGGCAACAGCGACCAAGAAAUGCAACAGCUUAACUUAGAGGGAAAGAAUUAUUGCACAGCCAAAACCUUGUACAUAUCCGACUCCGACAAGAGAAAGCACUUCAUGUUGUCCGUCAAGAUGUUCUACGGUAACAGCGCUGACAUCGGUGUCUUCCUCAGCAAGAGGAUCAAAGUCAUCUCCAAGCCCUCCAAAAAGAAACAGUCGCUCAAAAAUGCUGACUUGUGCAUUGCAUCAGGGACCAAGGUGGCACUGUUCAACCGGCUGCGGUCCCAAACAGUCAGCACACGCUAUCUACAUGUGGAGGGCGGCAACUUUCACGCCAGCUCCCAGCAGUGGGGCGCCUUCUACAUCCACCUGUUGGAUGACGAGGAGUCAGAAGGAGAAGAGUUCACUGUGAGAGACGGUUACAUCCACUACGGUCAGACAGUCAAGCUGGUUUGCUCCGUCACCGGCAUGGCUCUGCCCAGACUGAUCAUCCGUAAAGUAGACAAGCAGACGGCGUUGCUGGACGCCGACGACCCCGUCUCCCAGCUCCACAAGUGUGCCUUCUACCUGAAGGACACAGAGCGCAUGUACUUGUGCCUUUCCCAAGAAAGGAUCAUCCAGUUUCAAGCUACUCCAUGCCCAAAGGAACCAAACAAGGAGAUGAUCAACGACGGCGCCUCCUGGACAAUCAUCAGCACAGACAAGGCCGAAUACACUUUCUACGAGGGCAUGGGCCCUGUCCACUCGCCUGUCACCCCCGUGCCUGUGGUAGAGAGCUUACAGUUAAAUGGUGGUGGGGACGUCGCCAUGCUGGAGCUGACAGGACAGAACUUCACUCCAAAUCUGCGGGUCUGGUUCGGAGAUGUUGAGGCUGAGACCAUGUACAGGUGUGCAGAGAGCAUGCUGUGCGUGGUGCCCGACAUCUCGGCCUUCCGCGAGGGCUGGCGCUGGGUGCGGCAGCCCGUCCAGGUGCCCGUCACGCUGGUGAGGAACGACGGCAUCAUCUACUCCACCACACUGACCUUCACCUACACGCCGGAGCCCGGGCCGCGGCCACACUGCAGCGCCGCCGGGGCCAUCCUGCGGGCCGGCAACUCCAGCCUGCUGAGCAGCAACAGCCAGGAGCCCGGCUCUGGCGUCUACGGCCCCAACAGCACCUCCAACGCAGGAGUCACAUCCUCAUCCUCCACCGCCGCAGCUGUGGUCUCCUAACGCACACAGGGGGCCACUCAAUACAAUAUGCCUUGAGAGCAAAUAUACCAUAAGGUAUAUAAAGACUAUGGGAAAUAAUAAAACUGACUCACUCUAAAGUGCUGCGUAUUAAUUUUGGAUACAAAGAAGCUGAAAUGGAAAAAUCGGUGGGACAAAGGAGCGAACGCAGGGGGAAUCUGAAGGAGGAGUGACAUCACAGAAGUUGUCAGCCAACGGGAAUAUGCGAAAGUGCUCCUUGACACGCACCCUCUCCUGUGGUUACUUUUAGGGACCUGCCUAUCCAGUUCUGGUGUUUGGAACGAGUGACGUUCCCGCAGGCUCAGAGCACCAGCACCUUUCUACAGCUGUGAGAAUGGAAACCACAACAACAAUACAUCCACCAUGUACAAAAAAAAAACACAACAAAAAUAAAAUUGCGUCGAAAGGAAAGGUAUAUUUUUUGCGCCGCCCUUCUCCCACCCACCUUCCCCAACCCCCGCCCGCCACUUGUUUUAUAAUUAUUCCUUUUUUUUUUUUUUUUUUUGUUAUUUUGCAUUAAUUUGUGGUUUCCUAAAGGGGGCUGGAUGUAUUGUUGUUGGAGGGAGCGCAAGGAUGCAGAGGGACACACAAAAAAACGUGACGAUAACAUAGUUUUUAUGGACCAAGGAUCUUGUAUAAGCUUUAGUAAAGGUACAUUUUUCUCCAUACCUUUUUUGUAUUAAACAUAUAGUACACUUUUGUUACCAAAUAGUUUCUAUUCUUCCUCUGAGCUCGGGCUUUGUUUUCCCCUUUGAGGUCCAAAAUCCCAACCUGUAUGUUAUUGUGACCUUACUACAAACGCCUGCUUUUUGUCAGUCUUCGGACUGAACUUUUUGUUUUGAUACUCUUGCUUCUUCUGUUGGGGAAAUAUCUGAAGUCUGGGUUGUUAAUUUACAUAAGCGAAGGUUUGUUUUUGUUUUUGUUUUUUGUUUUUUAAAUUGGGGAAUAACCUCAGAGGGCCUAUUUUUUAUCAUUGGUUUUUAUGAAGUCUUUAAAAAGAAAAGCUUUAAGCAACGCCUCUGCCUUGCCUGCAAUACUCUGUGUGCGCUAUGUCUCCUUAUGGUUUUGGAAAGUAUACACAUCAGUACAUCUCACACGGAGCCACAGCAACGAUUGCUGAAUCCAUCAAAAACUAGACUUCCAUGGUUACGAACAUAAGUCGGUUUGUCAUUUUCAAACUAAUGUAAUAAGCGUAGUCAUUGACUUAAAAGGAUAGCCUUAGUACUGUAUAAUAUUACUGUGUACACAGUCCAACCAAUCACAUAUCUAAUAUCCUGUAUCUGUUGCUCUAUUGGUCACUGUUAACGUAUCAGAUAAUGUAGUGAAACGUUGUCAUUUUGCUCUCUAAACUGCACCUCGCAGGGUGUCUUCAAGUGUGUGCUGUAGUUCUGGUGGCAUUUAACUCCACAACCAAAAAAACAAAAACAAAAAAGGAAAAAAAAAAAAAAAACGGACACUUUUCAAUUUGUUGUGGCCUUACUGAUAACUUCAAUUACAAAAAAAAAAAUUAUUUCACCUUUUUCUUAUCUUACUCACCGUGGAAGAACCUGUCCAUAGCACAAAAACAAGCUAUUGCCUCGCUUCUUAUCACAGGAGCUCUGCUGUUUUGAGCUCAUGGCGCGGCUCCAGAAACACCUUCUCAUGCAAAAGCAGCCUUCUGGAGAAUCUCUUCGCCGUCAUGUCGGCGUCCAAGUACCAUAAACCCCUGUUUUUUAUUCUCAUGCGGUGCCCGGCACCUUUUCCACUUUUGGUACAAAAUGUCUCACGAGCGCUGUAAGCUCUUUCAGCCUUCUUUUUUAUCUCCUGUGGGGUUUUUUUUUUCUUUUCUUUCUCUUUGCAGAAACAAGCGUGUGUGUUCAUUUGUAAACUCACUGUCAGAGUAGUUGCACUCAUCCGUGUUCAUGGCGACCGCGUCUCCUGUAGGAGCAUAAAGGCCUUCUAAAUGUCUAUUAUUGAAGAUGUGCAUUUCCAAACAUAACAGCAAUAUUGUACAGGUCAUUUCUUUUCACGUCAUCCUUUUUUUUUUUUGUUUUUUUUUUGUUUGUUUGUUUGCCUGAGCACUAGUUCACCAGCCAGCCAAUAUAUGUGUGUGUGGGUGCGUGUGUGUAACUGUCAUAUGUAGUUGCUGUAAUGGAUUGUUGAGUCAGACUCACUCCAUUUCAAACUGCUUUCCAAAAACACGAAAGAAAAAAAAAAAAACUUGAUACUUUUGGGUUUUUCUGUCUUCCACCGGGAUCCAAAUGUCUGAUAAAUGUGGAGAAACACUCAAAGGCAAUACUUGUGAUCUUAGUAUUACAGUGCAACUGUGUAUACGCUUCCGAGAGAAAAAAAAAGAAAGAAAGAAAGGAAAAAAAAAAAGAACAAUACUGUAACUUGAAUGUCAGCUUAAUGAAGUAUUUCAAAUUUUUCUUACAAACCCUUGAAAUAGGAACAAAAAAGGAUUCGCUUGCACCCCUUCGAUGUAAAAAAAAAAAAAGAGAAAAGAAUUAAGUUAUGCCCCCAUUUCGCCACCCUUGCCCACCUGUCCGUCAUUAAUGUUAAAUGUUUUAUAUUGUAAUAUUGAUAUUUUUUAAAUUAUUGGUACAAAGUCUCCCCUUGUCUUAUGUCAAAAAACUAAAAAAAGUGCAUUAUUGCCCGUGCUGCCUAGGUUGGCCUGGGAGUGUAUUUUUUAAAAACGAGGCCACUUCCUCUCUGUCCUGGAAAUCGUCAAGGCGUUGGUGCUGCAGCGGUAGUGUAGCAAGCCGCAGGUCAACCUGAACCCUUUACUCUGCAGGAUGGAGGUCACAAAAUCUUAACUGUAGAUUUUUAACUUGAGUGUUUUUUCUAUGUCUACUAGCUCUAAAUUCUGAGAGUUUUUAACAUAGCCUCUGCAUUAGCAUCACACCCUCCCCCCCCCCUCCAAACCUCCCCUACCCACCCCUCCACCGCUCCAAGCUUUGGAUAUUUUUGGGGGGGCUUUUUUUGUUUACAUGUUGAGUCGCCUCUUUUACGCUAAAACCGCCCCUGGCUCCUCACUUCAUCUUUCAUGCCUAUGCGAGUCUGACAAGAGCAGCUUUGUCACAUUUCACUCAAACUAAUAGAAAGGGGGUGAUGCAUGCUUUUAAAAAAAAAAAAAAAUGUGUCGCCUUGACAAUCCGAGCUGGUUUACAGUCAAUCGUUGUUUUUGUUUUUUUGUUUUUUUUUUCCUCUUAAAACAUCUGCGGAGUUUUAAGAGAUAGGGAGAAUAACUUGAUAACACGCCUCACUCUUUAACUGUCAAAAGGGGUCAAAAAAAUGUUACAUGCCUUCUUUAACCACACGCUGUAUUAACCUGGCGACAAAGCUUUCAGAGGAAAUUGAAAGAAAAAAAAUUUGCAUUUGCAAUGCUUUUUUUUUUUUUUUAAAUAAAAUAUCCGCACUUAAAAGUGCAGUGUGUAGAAUUAAGUGGCAUCUAGUGGAACAAAUGGAAUAAAAUACAUAAAAAUGAGUAUGUUUUAAUUUGUGAUAAUGGGCUGAAAUUACGAAUCAGCCCUUUAUAUCUACAUAGGGAGCCGGUUCCUACGGUAGCACAGACUGGACAAACUAAACACUGGCUCCAGAGAGGGUCUUUCGCAUUUUUUCCACACGUUUCGCAGCCUCUGUAGAUUGUCAGUAAGGGGGAUAUUGAGUUGGCUGCAAUCUACAACACCACCACUAGAUGUCACUAAAUUCUACACACUGAUCCUUUAACUGGUUUCUCUCUGUUUGUGUGUCUGGUCAUAUUUGUUCCACUCUUCCAAAAGCAGCUGUUCUUGUGUUUGUUUGUUUGUUUUUUGUUUUUUUAUAAUGAGCUCUGAACAAUGUAUGUAGCUAUCCUCUAAUAUGCCAAAUGUCUUUUAUAAUGUAGUUUUCAUGCACUGCUAAACAAAACAGGGCAGAGUGAGAGGCAGCUUUAAACAAAUAUUAAAAAAAAGGAGUGUGGAGCCCUUCUCUGUCGCACUCAGCCUUACUUCUCCUUAAGACUAUUUGGCUGUUUGCACUAACCAAGGAUCUUGCGCUAACCUUUCUUUUUUUUCUCUCACGCAUUUCAUCCUCACACUUUAUCACUUCAUGUGUGUACAUUUGGACUUUUCUCACAUUUCCCCUUUUUCCUCUUUUUGUUUAACACACAGCCUGUUAUGCUUAGCUUUGCUACAGUCAGAUCACCUUUUUUUUUUUUUUUUUGAUUGUCAUUUGCCCCCUUCUUUUCUUUUUCUUCUCCUUCUUCUCCUUCUUCUUCUUCUUCUUCACACCCUUUCACUAUCCUUCACUCUCACUGUAUCUGUAUUAUUCUAGUAAUGGUAAGCAGAGGUGUCAUUGUGGUAGUUUUACUCAGUGCUCAAAGGGUUGCUGAUGGUAGAAACCUGUGCCGUUUGUAACAUUUAGCAAUAACGUCAAAACAAAGGGGAUGGUUUUUUUGAUAACAUGCAUUAGUUUGUUUUUGUACAUAUUGCAGCUCCAGAUCAUGCUCAAAUCUGUAUGUCAUUAAAAGAAGAAAAAAACGAGAAAAAACUUGCAAUAUUGGCAUAAAAACGAGAAAUAAAAAAGUGAUAUAAAAUCACA